AUGGAUCCCUGGGGAUUAACAACUCCCAUUCUUGUAUUUUUUGUUUCUUUUUUAGUCUUUUUGUCCUUAUGGAAAAAAGACUACAAAGGAAGGAAUCUGCCUCCUGGCCCAGUUCCUCUCCCUAUUAUUGGAAAUAUACUACAGAUAGAUCAAAAGAACUUCUUCAUGUCUCUCAACAAGCUGUAUGAAAAGUAUGGUCCUGUGUAUACUAUCUAUUUGGGGUCUCAGCCAGUGGUGGUUCUACAUGGCUACAAGGCACUGAAGGAAGCUCUGAUUGAUCAGGGAGACAUUUUUGGUGGCAGAGGAAAGAUACCAGUAUUUGAAAACACUUUCAAAGGAAAUGGAAUUGUUUUCAGUCAUGGAGAAAAGUGGAAACAAAUCCGUCAAUUUUCUCUGAUGACUUUGAGGAAAUUUGGAAUGGGAAAAAGGAGCAUUGAGGAGCGUAUCCAGGAGGAAGCCCAAUUCCUUAUAAAGGAACUGAAGAAGACAAAUAGUCAACCAUUCAAUCCACACGUAAUACUUCAAUAUGCCCCUUUUAAUGUCAUUAGCUCCAUACUCUUCCAUCAGCGUUUCAACUAUGACAAUGAGGAAUUUCUCUCUAUGAUGCAUAUAUUAAAUGAAAAUGCGAUUCUACUGAACUCUCCAAUGAUUCAGCUCUAUAAUUAUUUCCCUUGGCUUUUCCACUAUUUUAUGUCACAUCACAAAAAAUUUUUUUCAAAUACUGAGGCAACUAAAAAGAUAUUUUUGGAUCAAGUAAAGAAACAUCAAGACACCCUUGAUCUUAACAAUCCUCAGAAUCUUGUUGAUUGCUACUUCCACAAAAUGCAGCAGGAGCAAAAGAAUCCAGAUUCUGUAUUUGACAUGGAAAAUCUGGCAGCAAUAGGAGUAGAUUUAUUUGGUGCUGGAACUACAACAACCAGUACCACUUUGGCUUUUAGCCUGUUUCUCAUCCUGAAGCACCCAGAGGUACAAGAUAAAAUUCAUGAAGAAAUUGAUCAGGUGAUUGGACCACAUAGAAUUCCUUCCAUUAAAGACAAAUUGGAGAUGCCCUACACAGAUGCUGUGCUGCAUGAGAUACAGAGAUACAUUAAUAUUGCCCCUAUUAGUAUGCCCCAUGAAGUAACACAUGACACCCAAUUCAGACAAUACUUCAUACCUAAGGGCACAAUGGUGUUCCCUUUUCUCUCGUCUGUUUUGUUUGACCCAAUAGAAUUCCCCAACCCAUACCAGUUUGACCCAGGGCACUUCCUGCAUCAAGAUGGAAGAUUUAAGAAUAGUGACUACUUUAUGCCCUUUUCUAUAGGAAAACGGGCUUGUUUAGGAGAAGGCCUGGCCAAGAUGGAAUUGUUUUUAUUACUGGUCACCAUUCUGCAGAACUUUACCAUCAAGAGCGUCAUUGAUCCAAAGGAAAUUAUAAUCAAACCAAUGUCUACUCGAGGUGUCUCUUGUCCUCCAAAAUAUCAACUCUGCUUUUUUCCCCGCUAAAGAAGAGCAAGUCACACAUCCAAUCCACCAUAUUGCUUUCUCACCAAGAUUCUAAUUCUCCCAUGUCUUAAAACUAAUCAACAUUAUUGAAGAGAAAGGCAAUGAUUAUCAUCAUUUAUCAACAGAAUCUAAUUCUUAUACAUAUGUAAAAGCAAAGGCAAUAGAUUAAAUAACUAUGGUAUAUCUAUGGUUAAAAGAAAAUCUUGGGUGUCUUCAGGCUUUUAAACUAUGCCACAUGUUUGGGAAAUUUUAGUUCAUUAAAGGCUGAUCUAUUUGUUCACAUUGGA